AUGGCGGCUGUACCCCCCGUUGCACAGGACGUCUGGUCCUACGGCGGUGGCUACGAUUUCCACGUCGAAGCUAGUGGGAAUAAUCGACACAGGAGAGCGACUGUUCCAGAAUUGAAAGCCAUAUAUGACGGCUCCGAUGCCUCCAAAGACCGCACCGCUCAUUGGUACGAGGCGCAGCUUCUGCAUUAUGGACUGCCGCCGUCCAAGACAAAGGGAACUGCCAAGAUGAGACUAUUCGAAGCCGUCAAUAAGGGCAAUCUCGCUGUGCCUCCUCAUAUUCUGAAGAUCGAGUCUGACCUGAAGAAGGAGUGGGCGAAGCGCGAGCGAGAGGCAAAACAGGCUCUCAAGAAGGCCCUAGAACCCGUCGCAGUCAUUCCUCCCAAGCGAAAGGCUACUAGGAAGCGGAAAGCCGAUGAAACUCAGACCAGCCUUGGAAACAAUGGAGUGAACCUGUCCUUCUCUACCGAUCAGCAGGGCAAUAUUCAGAUUGGUCUAGCUGUUGCCGCUGGCCCGCCCCAAAAGAAAGCCAAACCCACCAGGAAGGCCCCUGGUGAGGAGUCGCAGAAGCCAGCGCCAAAGGCAAAGGAGACCAAGCCGAAACCAACUCCCGCGCCCCGGACUAAGCAGACAGCUCGUCGAGGAGGUGCCUGGGCUCUAUCAUCACGCCAGGAGUCAGUUGCAUCCCCCCCACCACUUUCUCGCACGAAUGUGGCGCGACGGGGACGGCCUUUCUCGGGCCGCGGAGGGGUGCAAGCUAUGCCCGGAGGGUCUGAUCAUGGAUACCCUUUCCUGAAUGACUCGUAUGAUGACCCUCUCCCGCCCUAUCCAGGAUCCCCGAUGAGCAUCGAUAGCCCCAAAUCUAAUAGCAACGGCGAUGUAAACGACUCGAAUCUACUCCCCCCUUUGGGUCUCCUCAACGGGCGAUACGCAAUCAACUGCCUAGACUCUUCUUAUGAUGACAUGUCGGAGAAUUCGGGCCUGAUCCUGACGCUUGACGGGAACGCUCUCUGGGGCUCCUUCGAGAUCGGACCUGUUUUUGGCAUCCUACGUUUGGAUGAGCGGCCAUGGAAAUCAUCCUUUGACCGCUUGACUUUUGACUGGCGAGGCGAAGACAGCCAGGGAGGUGAUCACUUUGGCACUAAUGACGGCAGUAGUCUCAAGUUCCUUGGCAACGGUCAAAUCCAAGGACAGCUUGCAUUUUAUGGCGACAUGCUUGAUUUUGAUGGAGAACGUGUUAGUGGGCAGGGAACACGCAGCGAGAUCAGCGCGGUCUCGAUGAGACAGCAGUGGGAGCAGCGUGGACGUUGA